GGCGGACGGUCAACGGAUUCGUAGACCUGUCUCAGCCGAAAUACCUCAGUUCGUGACUUUUUCCCGGACCGCGCGUGACUCCCGCGCGGCCGUAACUCUCGCGCAAUUUCAAAAACCAUUCCACAAUCCAUAAUACGGUGCAAUAAAGCUGUAAAUGCAUUUAUGGCAUUAUUUAUUGUGACGCCACAAUGCGUUCAAAAUAGAAUGUGUGCUGAUUGAAGUUUAUUCUUUGUUAUAAUUGGAUUUCGAGAUAAUGGAAAGGAAAAGCUUUUCAGAAAUAGCCGUUUCUAAGGCAGUUUUUCAUACGUGAAGUACAUUGUAAACUCUGUGGAAUUCUGAGUGGGACUGUCGGGGCUGGUCUGCUCAAGCAUGUUCCGACCGACUCUAUUCCGCGGCCUGAGCGACGACUCAGCUGAUGUAACCAACUAUGAAAUUGCCAGAAGCCGCCGCGCGUCGCUCUCGGCUGAGCAGCGACGCAAACUGAGCAUGCUCAGGACGUCCAGCAUCCCAGCGCCGUUGACACCGGUGAGCCACAUUUACCAUUUGGUACCCUGCCCGAGAAAAUGCUGUUAUCAGAAGUAUGUUGUCAGCACGGAUCGGAGUGGAGACAUACAUGUUCAUGUACAGGGAGUUCUUCCACGACCUGUCCAGGGUGACCUGAGCCAGCAAGAUAAGCGAUGUGUGUUCCUGACAGUCCAUGACCUAGGCACUAACCACACGUCGAUGGUGGACUUCGUGACGUGCCCGGCCAUGAGCGAGAUUAAGGAGCGCUCGUGCUUCAUCCACGUGGACGUGCCCGGCCACGAGGAGAACUCCCCGGACUUGCCUGACUCCUACCAGUUUCCAUCCUUGCAAACAUUAGGGGAAGAUCUUAUCACUGUUCUGGACUUCCUUCAUGUGAGAUACGCUGUGGGCCUCGGCGAAGGUGCUGGCGCCAACGUGCUCGCCCGCUGUGGACUGGCUCAUCCGCGUAGACUUCUCGGCCUCAUUCUGGUCAACUGCACCGCGUCCACAUCCUCGGUGGCAGACGCCUUCCGCACCAGAUUCUCCCGUUGGAAGGGCGCGGAUAUUUCGCAAUCCGAAGAAGAUUUCUUGAUCUACCACAAGUUCGGUCAUGUGAGUUUUCUACCAGAGCAUCUUGAUUACGGCUACCAGCAAAUCUCGAGUGAUGCAUUCGAGGCCGGCGAGCGGGACCGCAUGCUCACCGAGUACAGAUCUCGUCUCCGGGGAAACCUGAACACCCACAAUAUCAAGCAGUACGUGAAGGCGUUCAUCAACCGUAAAGACCUCCAGCUGAAGGGUUGUCAACCGGACAUCCUUCUCAUCACGGGAAUGCUCAGCCCUUACUCCGGGGUCGUAGAGAAGAUGUACAAAGAGCUGGACAGAGAUAAAGUCACCAUAUUGAAAGUAGACCGUGCCGGCGACGUACUAGCUGAAGCUCCUGCCAAGGUCGCACAGUCCUUACUGUUGUUCUGCCAAGGACAAGGACAGUUGACGUCACUACCGCCCCCGGGAAUCGAACGGCGCAUGUCCCGCGCUAUGUCUAUGGAGGAGUAUGACAAACCGAACAUAAGGCGGCUGUCUCUCACGCCUAGUGUGUCGGAGUCUCCUCCACCAAGGAAAUUGUAGAACAGGUUCGCGUCCUGCUUACCUGAGUAAGUUUGCUAUUAUAGUUUUAGGAACUUAUAUGUUCUAGGGAUGAACAAUUUGCUAAAAUGUCGAUAUUGGUAUCGAAAUUAAAUACAUUGUCGAUAUUAUUUGAUAUAUUAUCGAUAAUCCGAUAUUGUCGUAAGAUAUUUUUCAAUAUUGUUUUUAAUACUAAACAAUUUGCAUGUAAUAAGUUUUACUAAAUAGAAGGGGCAGAAUGCUGGACCAUCUUAUACGACAUGACGAUUUUUUAAAAAAACAUUGUAGAAGGAAAAAUAGAGGGCAAAAGAUGAAGGGAUAAACCGAGGAAUAACUACAUGGAACAGAUAAAAGAAACACUAAAUGUCAUAUCGUAUAAAGAGGUCAAGAAUAUGGCCUGGGAUAGAACUGGCUGGAAGAAGAUGCAUGAGUUAGUUGCAUCGACAAGAGGAAAUUCUUAAAUGAAAAGAGAGAAGCGUCGCUGAUUACACAUAAAAAUGACAGCUUACUAAUUAUUAUGUUACGAUUAAUAUGCCCUGGUCUGGGCUAUCGAUAUGUCAAUAUUUUUCUUAAUAUACCGAUAUUGUGGUAUUUUCAAUAUAUUGGUAUCGAUACCAAAAUAUUAAUAUGUUGAUCCUUAAUAUCGAUAUUUCAAUAAAAAUCGUUCAUCUCUAUUAUUGUCUAUGUACACUUAGGAGGUAUUAUUCUUAACCUAUGUACCAAUGUACAGGAUGGGUCCAGCCAUGACAUCAUAUCCUACUUAAUGCUUCAAUGGAUACAUCCUAAUUUAAAUCAGCUAAAUUUAUUUUACUGUUACUCGUGAUUAUUUAUUAAUGUUAAUAUAAUUAUUUUGAUUUAUACAUAUAACAUUUUAUUAUUGUUAUCCUAUAUAGAUAUAUUUUGUACAUAAUUAUAGUUUUCUUUUUUAUAUUUUUUUAUUUAUUUCAUGCACAAGAUUGCUCUGUAAUAUAACAUAAAAAAAAUACUGAAAAGGUGCAAUAAAGUGUAUGAGUCAAGGUCAUGGUCACAUAGCUUGAUAAUCAUAUAUUAAUAAGGAACAUUACAUUUCAAAAUUUAUUAUUGAUAAGAAAAAAUAUUAUAAACCUUCCCAUUUGUGUAUGCAUGUGAAAGAACAAGACACCGAACGUUGCUGUCUCUUUUUAUCUUAAAAAUAAAAUUAUUUAUCUUGUACAUGUGGUAACGAUAACGUGCGCAUCGAGAGAUUCGUUUGCUAUUUGUUUAAGUGGACAUAAUUAUUUUGUAAUGGAAAAAUAUAAAAUAUAAAAAAUACAACAUUAGUCAGAAGGUAGAAUCAUUUAGAUAACUGCCUAAACCUUUUCUUCUCAUUAAAACUUUCUUGAGUACACUUUACAUUUUAAAGUAAUAACAACCAGAUUAACUUACGUGUAUUUUAGUCGACAAUACUCGACUAGUUUUGGGACCAUCCGGACCCUUAAUCAUAAGCGGCCUUAUAUAGAAAAUACACAUAAGUCAAUCCGGUUGUUCCUGUAUCAAUAUACAUAAAACCUAGUGAAAUUGAAAUGCAUUAAAAACAAUUACGGGCCCCUGUUUUUGGGGAGUUAUUUAGUUUAUUCAAUUUCACAUAUAUUUUUGUUGUUUAAAAUUGUUAUGACCUUUUUGGUUUUUGUCUUGUCGUUCAAUAACUUACUAUUUUAUUCAUAGAAACUAAAAUGUACUACAAACCUAUUUUAGCUAUUGAACUGCUUUGUCUCUUUCUAUUACUUUAUAUUCCCAAUUUGAAAGGUUUAUAAUUGACGUUCUUAUAAUUAAAAGAGAUAGUAUAUAUUUUACCAGAGAGAAACAUUGUACAAAAGUCGAUUGCUUGGGUACCUCUGUCCCAUUCGUGUUUCAACCGUGAAGCAGGUGUGUUUGCAUGGCUGUGUUUCGGUUUGAAGGGUGGGAUAUGGGGUGAAUUUACUGGGUACAGAGGAAUAACACCUGAGUCCUCAGGAAUGGCAACACAUGGCGGGUAUCAUGGGCGAAACAAUAUACUCUGUUAUGUCCGUGGUACUGCUCAUGUCUUUAAGCGACGGUUACCACUUUACAUCAGGUGGGCCGUCAGCUUACUUGCCAUUCUAAGAUGUAUAAAAAAAAUGUUAUUAUAUUCCCCGAGUCAUUCAAAUAGGAUUUAUUAAUAUUGGGAUAUGUGAUCAUCAUGGAAGUGUAACGUACGUCGUAUGUAUUUAAUAAAUAUACAUAGUGGUAUAAUCUAUACUUAUAAUAAAUCUGUAGAGAGGUCAGAAAAGAAAUUGUAAGUAAUAUAUUAUAUUAUGUAAUCAGAUCGACUUUUGCACGGUCCAUAUACCAUACAGCGGUUUACUGUCCACUGCUGAACAUACGCCUUCCCCAUAAGGGGGAUUUUAACAAUAUUUGCCGUGGUUAGCGGGCGGGUAUGCGGGCGGUUUUGGUGAUAUUUUAAGAGAGAUGCUGCUAUUCAUCCCUCGAGCGUUAAGUUCCCCUAGUCGUCUCUUACGAUACCCAAGUGAAAGGAAGGGAUGGUCCAUUCUAUGCCGGGACCACACGGCUAUGGAACGGUCCACGUAUAUAUCGUAAUAUUUUUCAAUGUUAUUAUUCUGACAAAUAACAGAUAAAAAUAUACGUGGAUCUAUCAGCUAAAGCCCCACUAAUGAGUUAUAAAAUGUAGCAAUAUUUUGCUGGAUUUGUAUUGUCAUAGUAUUUUUUAUGUAAUCCUAUACUUUUGCAUGUAAUUUUAAUGUACCAUAUACAUCUAGAUGGAGCAUGGGUGAAACAUCAAAAAUUCGAAUGGACUAGAGAAAUCACAUCAUAUUAAUUCAUUUGUACCGUUUUGGUACGGAACCCUAAACAUAGCCAACUAUUGACUGAUGCUUUAUUUUUUCUUACUAAGUAUUUAAAUGGCCAAUUAUUUAUCAAGGUACGCAAAUGACCAUUCAUGUGAUAGACAUCUGUUCUAAAUUUAAGUUAAACAUAAAAAAAUCUUGUUUUUCUGUUAACGGUUUUAAUCGGACUCCAUCUAGGUGUUAUUCGUCUAUGGAUAUCACGUAGAGUAGGUAAUUUUAAUGUGAAAGUAAAUAUUUACAUAAGUAAUUAUUUACUUGUAUAUAUUAAAUUAGAAAAUAAGAGUUUCCUCGAGAAUCAUAUCCUAGUUACGGAGUACAAAAUAAAAUAACAUAUUGGCGGACGAUGUGUUGACAAUUUUGUUCCCUAAUUUCAUUAAAUUAUACAUAAUUUGUAGAUAAGUAUUAGACAUAUAUUAUGCCAAUAAUUAUUGUUUAUUGUAAAAGAAAAAUAUUUCUGAUAAAUUAAGUUACAAGUAGUAAAUAAAUAAAUAAAUAAUAUUUUGUAAAACAAA